CAAUAUCAAUAUCACCGCUGAUACCAUCUCCAUACGUAGGUAAAAACCAUAACAAUUUUAUAUCCUCUCAAAGUUCAAAUCUUGCUUGCUUACCCAUCCAACACUAUUUUUAUGUGAUUGAUUUCCUUCUACCACAUUCCAGGAUCAGCCUUGCCCCAUCCUUAGCGCCGGCCACCUUUUAUGAUUUACCGUCAUGCAAAUACGCCUUAUGAAUUUGGAUUGUGCUUGUAGAUUUGAGAUUGCGAUUUGAUUUCAUAACAAAAAGGAGUCGCAUCCUAAUAACAAAACAGAAUCCAACUACUGAUUAUACUACACAUACAACGAUGAUCAUGGCUUCUGUAACAAAUCUCGACAAUGAUGUUAAUAGCAAGCGGGGUGAUCGAGUUACACCGGCUGCUGUGAAUGAAGUAAGGAAUUUCAUCGAAGAAUCUCUGGGGGAGAGUUUACCUGAUGUUGGAGAUGAUGCACGAUUUGGCACAUAUAAUAUAUUGGCUGCACUGAAAGAUGGUGUAGCUCUUUGCAAACUUGCAGCGAUGAUUGAUCCUAUGAAAGUCCGUGGAUUUAAACCUAAAGCAACGAUGCCUUUCAUACAACGAGAGAAUAUCGCUUUGUUUCUCGGCGCAUGCGAAAAGCCACCGCUAAGUCUACCUGCACACGAUAGGUUUCUUACGGUUGAUCUCUACGAUGGCAAGGACCCCGCGCAAGUACUUCAAGGUAUCGCUGCAUUUAGCAGAGCUGCAAAUCGAGUUGAUCCUUCUAAAUUUCCUAAUCCUAUCGGCGCCAAAUCUCGCGGCGGUGUUGUGAGCCCGCAGGUUACUGGACAAUAUCUUGGAACUGGAUUCAAUAACAGAGGAAGGGAAGCUUCAACCGCUAGCACUGCAUCAUCAAGUCACAAGCCUGCAACUUUGACAGCUUCAAGAACUGGUGGUUCAGAUAGUGGUAGGAGAAGUCCUAGCAGAUUUGGUGCGCCUACAUCACCUAAUUUUGUCAGUAGUUGGAGUAAGAAAUCCGACGAGAGUGCUACAUCUCCAGCCUGGAAUAUUGCGCAAUAUGGAUACAUGGGAGGUGCGAGUCAAGGUAAUAUGGGAGUUUCAUUUGGUGGCAGGAGACAAAUCACAAACGCUGGUCCGACCGUUCCAAGUCUCGCCGAAAAAGAGAAGAAGCGAAAGGAAAAAGAGGCAGAAGAUAAACGAUUGAAACUUGAAGCCGAAGAAGAGGAACGGCGAAGAGUUGUGGCCGAGGAGGAAAGGGCUCGUGUGGAAGAGGAAAGAAGAUUUGCCGAAGAAACCGAGAAGUUGCGACAAAAAACAUUGAACGAGAAACGAGAAUGGGAGGAACAAGAGCGCAGAUGGAAAGCAGAGGAAGAUCGCAGAAAGCAAGAUGAGUCUGAGGCAGAGAGUAGAGCUGCGGAUGAGCGAAAGAGAUUAAGGGGUACUAGCGACACUCGAUUACAGGGACAAUUCCUCAGUCAAUAUCAAGCUGAGAAUGGUUUGAACAAGAAAGGCCAGAGAACUGAUUCUAGCGAGGCCGACAGGAUUAGGCAAUUGGAACACGAACUAGCGGAAGCUCGGGACCGAGAGCGUCGCUAUCAAGCAGAAAGGGUUUCGAAACAUAAGACUGGGGAUCGAGACGCCAUCCAAGAUCAUGAUUUAACAUUACGACUAAAGGAGGAGUCAUCAAAAGCUCGUCCGAGAUCUCGUAGUCGCCCUCGCUUGCCAUCACGAAAGGGUACUGAUGAAACAUGGAGACAAGAUGAACGAGACUACCUUCGCAAACAAUGGAGCUCGCAUAAUACUAGUGAAGAUGUAGCGCCGCCAGUCAAACCUCCUCGUCCAUUGCCUGAACCAACGGCAAAUCCCAUCAAACCUCAACGGACCGGUGAAGCAAGACCUUUACCUGAUCCAGUAAAUUACACAUCUCCAACCUCUAAAGCUCCAAACCGCACCGACCGUUUUCUUUCCUCAAACCCUCCACCAACCCCACCAAGACCAACCACAACUUAUUCGAAUGAAAUAGGAACAUUUUCCAGCAAUGCCGAACGCGAUGCAGAAGAUCGUCGCCGUGUCGAAUCACAAACUAAAACCAAAGCUGGUGGAUGGGCUUCUAAAUCUCUUUUGGAAAAGGAAAUGGAGAUGGAAAGACAACGACAACAGGAAUGGGAAGAGAGUCAGAAAGAACUCGAGAACAAAGUCCCAGGCGGUGAGGGAGUUGAUGGUAUUGGGGCGGGUAUUGGAGGGAAGUGGGAUGUUAAUCAAUGGACGGGGUAUACCGGUGGCGAUGGGCAGAACAAGGGAGCUCAAGGUAUUGGAGCUGGUAGACGACAAAUUGUGGGGCCGAAACCACCACUACAUGGAGGGCAAUAGAUACGAGAUGUGAGAUGCAUCUUUACUUAUCAAAUAGGGGUGUAGAACCCGAACUUUGGGAUUGCUGAGCGUAGGUGGAGAUCAAGUCAUUGUGCAUCUCUUGUAGUGGCUGAAUGGGCGGAUAUGUUGUGCGUUUUGGGAUUCAUAUAUGGAGGAUCUGUACCUGGUUGAUUGGGAACGUUUGGGGCUGGAUUGGGUGGCAUAGAGUGGAAUGGUUUUCGAGUUGAAUCAAUACCAAUAGUAAUACCUUGUUGCGGAGGGAACGUAUAGUCUAAUAGUAAAUAAUAAAAUAUAAGAUACAUCAC